AUGCAUGCCAGCUCAGCGACCUCGACGCCUUUUUCUGUGAGGGAUAUUUUGAGGCUGGAGAACCACAACGACUAUGAAAAUGAGUUUCUGAUGACCGACCAAGUUGUUCCGAUGCAGCAUCAGCACAUGCACAGACACGGCGACUUUUAUGACUGUCAGCCAGAGCCGUGCGUCUCAGGGAUACAGGAGCUCGAUGCGCAGAAAUCAACGGCAGAAGAGGAGAUAACUGAGCAGGAAAUGAGCGGACUGGACUGUUCACCUGACGGGGACAAAAGCGCAAAAAGCGGCGCCAGAGUGCGCAGGAAGCCGCGCGUCCUCUUCUCUCAGUCCCAGGUGUCCGAGCUGGAGAGGCGCUUCAGGCAGCAGAGGUACCUGUCCGCCCCGGAGAGAGACCACCUGGCACACCUGCUCAAGCUCACCUCCACCCAGGUGAAGAUCUGGUUCCAGAACAGGAGGUACAAAUGUAAGCGGCAGCGGCAGGACCAGAGCCUGGAGCUGGCGGGGUUUCCGGCCGCGGGGAGGAGGGUCCCGGUGCCGGUGCUGGUCCGGGACGGGAGGCUGUGCGGCUCCCACUCUGCUCCUUUUAACGUGACUCUGGGACAUUACAGCCCGGUGUUUGGAAACAGCAGCGUUUACAGUUAUCACAGUGUGUCUCCUUCGGCUGCACAGAUGGUUGAUUUAGUAGGAAACUCUGAGCACGGACACUUUCAGUCUCCAGUAAGAGGCUGGUAA